AUGAGUUCCUCGGCGCUCCCAGUCGCCCUGCAGAACAAACUGCUCGGCUACGGCCGAGCAUCCAGCGCCCAUUUAUCCGCCGUAAACCUGGACCUUCUCCGCAACAUUGUAUUCAUACUAUUCGUAUUUCGUUACGUUCGCAAAACCUUCUACUCCCUCCGCGGCUACGGCCUUUUCGGCAGCAUCCGCAAUGUCUAUUUCGCCGUUCGCCUGUUUAUCGUUUCUACCUUCCUACGCAUUCCCGGUGUGCGCGGCAUGGUCGAUAAGGAAGUGACAACUGCUAUUGAUGAUCUUCAGAAGAAGCUUGUUUUGACAGGUCCGGAUGUCAAUCGGUAUACAACGCUUCCUAAGGAAGGUUGGACUGCGGACAAGGUCCGUGAGGAGCUCGGGAAACUCUCUGAUAUGAAACAUAAACGUUGGGAGGAUGGUCGCGUCAGUGGUGCUGUUUACCAUGGAGGCGAGGAACUUUUAAAACUUCAGGCUGAGGCUUUUGGCAAGUUUGGCGUUACGAAUCCGCUCCAUCCCGAUGUUUUCCCCGGAGUUCGGAAAAUGGAGGCGGAAGUUGUUGCUAUGGUUUUGAACAUGUUCAAUGCUCCCUCUGAUGGUGCUGGUGUUACUACCGCUGGUGGUACGGAAUCUAUUCUUAUGGCUUGUCUGGCUGCCCGGCAAAAGGGUCUGUUGGAGCGUGGUAUCAAGGAGCCGGAAAUGAUCAUACCCGAAACAGCCCAUGCCGCUUUCAUUAAGGCCUGCAAUUACUUCAAGAUUAAGCUCCACCGUGUGGCUUGCCCAGAGCCUGAGUUCAAGGCCGAUGUCAAUGCCAUGCGCCGUCUGAUCAACCCCAACACUAUCCUCAUUGUUGGCUCUGCACCAAACUACCCCCACGGAAUGGUUGAUGAUAUCCCAGCAUUGUCCCGUAUUGCGGUGAAGUAUAAGGUCCCACUCCACGUCGACUGCUGCUUGGGUUCUUUCGUUGUCGCCCUUCUUAAGAAGGCCGGAUUCCCUUCGCCAUACGAAGAAGAGGGUGGCUUUGAUUUCCGUCAGCCUGGUGUUACUAGCAUCAGUGUUGACACUCACAAGUACGGUUUCGCACCAAAGGGUAACUCUAGUCUGCUCUACCGCAACAGUGCCUACCGCAGCCACCAAUACUUCAUCUACCCCGAUUGGUCCGGCGGUGUUUACGCGUCGCCUUCCAUUGCCGGUUCCCGUCCUGGUGCCCUUAUUGCCGGUUGCUGGGCUAGUAUGAUGAGUGUCGGCGAAACCGGCUACAUCGAUACCUGCACUGAGAUUAUCAACGCGACGCGCAAGUUCGAAGCUGCAAUUCGCGAACACCCUGUCAUCUCGCCGAAUAUUGAAGUCAUUGGUAACCCGAUCGUUAGCGUGGUGGCUUACCGCAGCAAGAAUGGCGCCAUUGAUAUUUACGAUGUCGCCGAUGAAUUAUCAGCCAAGGGUUGGCACCUUAGUGCUCUGCAAUCUCCCCCAGCUAUGCAUUGUGCUUUCACUAUCCCAACUGCCAAGGCUGUUGACCAGCUUAUCAAUGACCUUGCUGAGGUCGUCCAAAUGCAACUAGACAAGGCCGAAGAACGUCGCAAGCAAGGAAAGGCGUACAUUAUCCAGCGCGGUGACACUGCCACUCUGUAUGGUGUUGCUGGCAGCAUUCCAGAUAAGAGUGUCAUCAGCCGUUUAGCUGUUGGUUUCCUCGACACCCUUUACAAGGCUUAA